UCCAACAGCAACUUUAUAGGUGUUCAGAAUCAAAGCCAGUCAACUCCCCCUGUACCCCAAAAAUGAAUCGGGCUCCGGCGGCAAAAUGUGGUCUCUCGAGGAUUUCGCAAAGAUGAAUAUGAUCGGCUCAUAAAAGCGCAAGAGAAAGCUGCCCAAGAUGCACUGCGUACAGAGGAACGCCGCCUUAGGAUGCAAGCGCAAGCUCGUCAAGAGGUAAAUUAUGGAUGGCCUCGGAUUAUGCAAGAUGGUUUUCGGAGAUAUAUGGGAUUACCGGCUACUGCAUCCCAAAACGCUACAUCUCAGGUGUUUGUGCCUAUGCAACAAGCACAACAGUUGUCAACAGCAACGCGGCAGAUGUUUCAAGAACAGACGGGGACAGUUUACCAGUUUGGUCAACAACCGUCGCAGGAAUUGCAAGAUCAUGCCCUACCUAUAUCGCCAAAUCUAAGGGAAGAAUUGCAAGACUCAACCUGCUCUCAGAGAAGAACGACAAUCGUGAGCGGAAAAUGGAGACAAAAAAUAAAGAGAUAUACGGCGUCAAUGCCAUCUUUUGCACUGGAUGCACAGCCAACUGAGUUGACGCAUACGAAAGCUAUUGCGCCAUCUGCUUUGGAUGAUAAGAAUACCGGGACUGGAUCCGCAAGAUCGGAGGAGUACUCGCCGAGCCCAAGCAAUGCGGCUAAUUUAUAUACGACUGAAACAGAAGCUUCCAGAGUAUCUUCAAAUAAUGAUCUGGUCACAGAUGCGUCUCAACGGCAAAACGGCCUGACGUAUCAACCUGUUCAGUCAAGCAAUGAGCAGCUUAAUUCACAGCAGCCUCUGAAUAUUGCACAGCGCCAGAGGCACAUAACAAAGGAUGAUUCGACAGGUUCAAUCCAACCACAAGAACUCAGCAAGGAAAAACCAAAAGGAGUUGAGACGCAAUCACAUGUGCAGAGUAACGUAGGAGAGGGCGGGUUUUUCCGCAAAAGAGUCGUAAUUCCGAUAUCGAAGACAUGCCCGAAACUCUUCCGCAGAAAAACGCAGAAGCUACACAGAGCUCCAAACGAAGAGGCCAGCCUCAUGUCUGGAAUGCUCUUUGCCGGCUGGGAGAGCUCUCCCCAAUCACAUUCCGGUCAUACAGACCAGCAGACCCUUCGAUGUAUAGAUCCUGAGUCGCUGUGCUCCAAUUGUGACCACGGAAGCAGCAUUCCUAACGCCGUAUUCGAGUAUCCAUUGUUGCAGGAGCUGACACAGAUACGUUUGUUGCGCAUAAAGCCUGGAAAAUUGGGUGAUCCGCUGGUUUGCGAGCUGUACCCUAUAACCAUGGAUUCGGAUCCAGAGUACGAAAGUCUUUCAUAUGCUUGGGGCGACAAAACCAUAACCGUAGAGAUUGAAUGCCAAAAAAGCCGAAUGAACAUAGCACAUAGCCUACAUGACGCGCUCCAACGGAUUCGGGAUCGUCACGAGGAUCGAGUAGUUUGGGCCGAUGCUAUAUGCAUCAACCAAAACGACGACAAGGAGAAGGGUCAUCAAGUCCGGAUGAUGCGCUCAAUCUACAAAAGGGCUAAGAAGGUGCUCGUGUGGCUCGGUCCGGACGAGUUGCAACAGGCGCUACCAGUGUUUGCCGUUGCCGUUAGGGUGGCGCAGAAGGACUUCAGCACCGUCCCGCAACCCGGCGACCAAUUGUGGGAGUCGUUCGCAGCACUCUUUGGACGAACUUGGUUCUGGCGACUUUGGUGUUUGCAAGAGAUCGCUCUUGCCGCUUCCGCUGAAGUCAUGUGGGGUGCGGCAAAGGUUUCCUGGGAACACCUAGGCUUCACGGCAGCCUGGAUACGAACAACUAGUUACCAAGUCAUGCGAUGCCAUCCGAUGGAGGGCGUUUUCAAUGCUUGUCUGAUGUACUCCAUGUCCGGCAGCAAUAUCUACCCUGAGCCAGUCACGUUUCUUCAUCUUAUGAGCCUUACUCGCCAAUUCCAAGCCUCGGAUACAAGAGACCGCAUCUAUUCUCUCCUCGGUCUUCCUACCACGGACGCAAACCCCGAUGAGGGAGAUCUGUUUGUGGAACCAGACUAUACAAUAACUACAUCAGAGCUGUACGAGUUGUUUGCCAGGAAAGUCCUGGAGACUUCACAGACGCUGCGAAUACUUUCAGCAGUUCAACACGGGCCAGAAGUAGAGCAAACGAUGCCGUCCUGGAUCCCGCAAUGGGACCGCCUCUUUACGCACGCUCUGGCUCCUGCCGAGUAUAUUCUACUGAAAAACCACUCGGCAAGCAUCGGUCUGCCAACAUCUCAGUUGAGGCUCGAAGAGUCGAUUCUCUUCGCUGAAGGUAUCGAGUUUGACAGCAUUGUCAGUAUAUCCGACACCUUCCCCGAUAGUACCGCUUUUUCCACGGAGCUAUGGCGCAUCGAACGUCUCUGGAGGACAAUGGUUUUCCCGCUCAGAAAAUAUCCCAGCGGCACUGACCUCAGCACAGCAUUUUGCUGGACCAUCACCGCCGCAAAAGACUGGUACGGCAUGUUAAUCGAGGACAAGGACACCGAAUCUCACCUUGAAGAUUUCGCAGCGUUCCAGCGUCAGCACUUCUCUCAGCCAGUUACUGAAGGUCCGGGGGACCGCGGAGACGUAGACCGCUUUGCCGAAGCGGUGUCGAAUGCUUGUAUUUGGCGCCGCCUCUUUGUAACCCAGAAGGGGUAUAUAGGCAUCGGGCCGCCGUGCUUACGCGAGGGAGACGUGGUGUGCGUCCUAGCUAAUGCGAUUGUGCCGUUUGUGCUUAGACAGAACGGGCCUUAUCACAAGCUUGUGGGUGAGGCGUAUGUGCAUGGGAUUAUGAAUGGGGAGGCUUGUCGACGGCCACUGUGGCAGAGGGUGGAAGUAAGGCCGUUUUGGUUGAGUUAAAGAGGGUGUCGGACAAUGUACCUCGUCAUAGAGUAGAGAUCAAGUGACGCGAUCAUGAGUGAGACUGGAGGUGCAGGUGAAUGACGAGUGGUUUAGGGCGCGUGCCCACGUUGUUUGUUUGUUCUAGGGCUGAGUUUGAGAGGGCGGUGCCGGGUAGCGACCUCGCAGCACAGCAGCGACGUCGUCGUUACUUGCAGAUAUAACUAGGUAGGAUUCAGGGAGGGACAGGGUAUAUAGGGAUUUGGCGAUGGGAUGGCGAGCGACGCAGGGGGAAGGGCGCCAAGUGCUUGUGCGGGUAUAAGUCUCACACGAGGCAGAGA